AUGUGGAAUAAUUGGGUUCCGAAAAAGGUAGCGAUUGUUGCGUGGAGGGCAGAGAUGGACCGACUCCCGUCGAAAUGUGCGUUGCUUCGUCGGAACAUUCCGGUUCAAAAUGAUCAAUGUGUCUUUUGUGGCGAGUGUUCGGAAACAAGCGAACAUAUAUUUUUAACUUGCCAGUUCGCUCAAAUUGUAUGGCAAAUCAUAGCUGAUUGGUGCAAUAUCCCCCCUAUAUUUGCUUUUGAUAUUAGCGACUUACUAAGCCCUACCGGUGUCCCCGCUAGUUCUAGGAAGAAGUGGAAAGCAGUACAUGCCAUUGUGCUAGUGACCUUUUGGUGCCUUUGGAAGAUGAGAAACGAAUCGGUUCAUAGACAGGGGGUCCCGAAUGUUACAAGGAUAGUGGAUGAAGUUAAAGCUAUGGCAUUCCUAUGGGUGAAGAAUCGAUCGAAAUUGGCGGCCUUAACAUGGGAGAAGUGGUGUCGGUUUGAUGUUGGUGGUUAG